CGCCGUAGGCUUUGGUUGGACCCAAAAUGAAACAUGCGCAGACUCGCUGUCUGGUUUAAUGCCACAGUUAGUAAGCCUGCUACAGGAGAUAUGCACUGAUAUUAAUGGGGUAUAGACUGUAUUUGAACAUAGAAGCGUGGGUGCUUAUUGAUGGAGGAUACGUAGGGGCCAGAGGGUAGCCUUACCUCGGAGCUCUCGAAACAAGAUGAUAAAGAACUGGGGUGUCAUUGGUGGGAUAGCUGCUGCGAUUGCAGCUGGAGUAUACGUUUUGUGGGGUCCAAUCACAGAGCGAAAGAAAAGAAAGAGAGGUAUGGCACCAGGUCUUUUAAACUUGGGGAACACCUGCUUUCUGAACUCGUUACUUCAGGGCUUAGCAGCAUGUCCGUCGUUCAUCAGGUGGCUGGAGAAGUUUGCAGCUCUGCCUUCAAUCCAGUCCUGCAAAGACAACCAGCUAUCCACGACACUGCUCCAGCUUCUCAAAGCGCUAUCCAGUGAUGAGCCAGGUGAGGAUGAUGUUCUUGAUGCUGGAUGUCUCCUGGAUGUCCUCAGACUGUACAGAUGGCACAUCAGCUCAUUUGAAGAGCAGGAUGCACAUGAGCUGUUUCAUGUCCUUACAUCUUCUCUGGAAGAGGAGCGAGAUCGUCAGCCCAAAGUCACAAAUCUGUUUGAUAUGCACUCCCUUGAGAGUCUCCCAGAUCAAGAUGAGAAAACUAUGACAUGCAGAAGCCGAGCUCCCCUUCAUCCAAUACCAAGUCCGUGGAAGUUUCAGCAUCCGUUUCAUGGUCGGUUAACAAGCAACAUGUUCUGCAAGCGCUGCGAGCUACAGAGUCCAGUGCGGUACGACUCGUUUGAUAGUCUUUCCCUGUCCAUUCCUUUACCUCAGUGGGGGCGGCCGAUCUCUCUAGAUCAGUGUCUUCAGCACUUUAUCUCUUCGGAAACCAUCAAAGAAGUGGAGUGUGAAAACUGCACCAAGCUUCAACAAGCAACCACAAUAAAUGGACCAGUUGUAGAAAGCCAAAGGACGACAUUUGUUAAACAGCUAAAACUGGGGAAGCUCCCCCAGUGCCUUUGCAUCCAUUUGCAAAGAUUGACGUGGUCGAGUGAAGGAACCCCCAUCAAACGACAGGAGCAUGUGCAGUUUGCAGAGUAUCUAUCAAUGGACCAUUACAAACACAACACUUCCACACAGAGGAGUCAGCGGCUCAGAUGCACUGCAAAAUCCAUAAAGGCUGAAAGCAGAGACGAUUCGGUAGAAAAACCCUCUGCCAAUGGCUCCGAUUCAGAGCAUCAUAACAACAACAAACCUUUUUCUAAUGGAACUUGUUCAUCGGUCCUCCUUCACACUUCUGGUGUGAACCCACAGCUCAGCCUCGCAUAUGACUACAGUUCUACAGAGUACCUUUUUCAGCUCACGGCGGUGCUGGUUCACCACGGUGACAUGCACUCAGGACAUUUCGUCACCUACCGCCGCAGCCCCUCCUCAUCUCGCAGCUCUUCGCCCUUCAGCUGCCAGUGGCUGUGGGUGUCAGACGAUUCGGUACGCAAAGCCAGCCUGCACGAGGUGCUGUCUUCCAACGCUUACAUGCUCUUUUACGAGAGAGUUCGAAGGCUUGGCCUCUCUCUGCAGUCAGAGCAGUAACCAAAGGCUCACAGCCUGAAUGACUUCUGCCUUUCCAGUCAUACUGUCACACUCGAUGUGGCAGGGGACAGCACGGUUACCAACAGGUGGCUUUGUGAACAUGACACCAGAGAAGAAAGCCAUCCUAGAGUUGUCCUAGGGUGUAGUGUGAUGUGUUGUGGACACCUUGCCUGCUGCUCUGCUCCAGAGGAGGAGCCUUUUAAUCCCAAAGAUAAUAAAACUGCAGGAUUUUUGUGUUAUCGUUUAUCGGUAAGCUACUUUUUCUUUGACAUGUAAUAAUUUAUGUAACACCUCGACUUCUACCAGAUAAAGAAAGAGGAACAUUAAACGCUGCAUCGGCCACAACAUUAAAAACCACUGACAAGCAAAAUGAGUAAUGGUCGUCAUCACUGGUGCAGUGAUCUGCUGGAAAACCUAUGGGUCAUGGUAUAUGGAUGCUACUUUGGUACACUCCACUCCACCCACCUAAAGACUGUUGCAUCCCAAGCAAUGGCACUCUGUGGCAGUAUCCUCCUCCAGCAGCAUAUUUACCCCAACCCCAAUGGGGAAAAAAAACCCACCUCCUCGUGUGACAGAAAAAGCGUGUGUGUGUGUAAAUGGAUGAAUGAGGCUUGAAUGUAAAGCGGUUUGAGUAGUCAGUAGGACUAGAAAAGCUCUAAAUAAAUGCAGUCCACUUACCAUAUUCCCAGCUUUCAAAUUCCCCAAAUCCUGAUCUGAUGGAGAGGCUUCAUCCUGCAAGCAAGCAGAUUAAACAAACGCCAAAAUGAUUUUGGUGACACCACAAUAUUAGACUGGUGGUUUUACUGUUGUGGCUUAUUGGUGCAGUCUAUGCCACGAUAAUAACCCUACAAACUGCGGUUCACAUUGAAAGCGUACAGUGUUUAGGCUGGCUCAAAUGUUGGCUAGAGGUGAGGCUUCUGGUGUUUAAAUGUGAAUACACCCUAGGCUGCUUCAAGGUGUUCCUAUUAUUUUCUCCAUUGCCUUCAAGUGGCUCAUUAGGACUUGUCAGUGAUUAUAUUUAGGAGCUGUUGCAUAUUCUGAAAAGUCACAAAGGUGGAAUUAUCCUUGACUCUGGUUCUCUUUGUCAGAUGUAGUUUGCCUAAUCCUUCUCAGCAGUGUAUGUAAACCCAGAGCAGUAAUAAUGUUUCUAUUGACACGGUUUCUUCUGUUUUGAUUAUUUCUGCUGUUUCCAGUGAACCUAACUCUAUCAUGAUUUAUAAAACUGCACGUUUGUGGUUUAAGUGCCAUAUUGUCUUAAAUGCGAUUUUAAACACUUGGAACCAUGAGUGCUACAAUUAAUGUGAACGGGGCCCUUCCUUGAAAUGUGACACAUCACAGCCAGUUGACAUGCUGUGGGUGUUUUUAAACAGGUUAAUAAGAGACGUGCCCUUAGUUAACAUGACUGCAGAUUUCUGUAGUCAUCCUCUUGUUUAUAAUUAAUGAGCAGUGAUCUGGUGCAAAACUGCUUAAUUUUUGCAGUUUGUACUGGUGUAUAUUCAUGUGAGAUUGUAUUUGUGUGCAGUCUGUAAGGUGAUCGUUUUCAGGUAUUAAAAGCAUUAAAAAUGGUC